GCUGUAAGGGACCUGCUUGGGUGCUCAGGCGAAAGGCGCUGUUUCCCUGAGGAAAGUUCCCACGGAAAAACUACCAUCUCCCCAGCCCACCAUGGCAGACGAAAUUGAUUUCACUACUGGAGAUGCUGGGGCUUCCAGCACUUACCCUAUGCAGUGCUCGGCCCUGCGCAAAAACGGCUUCGUGGUGCUCAAAGGACGACCAUGCAAAAUAGUGGAGAUGUCAACUUCCAAAACUGGAAAGCACGGUCAUGCCAAGGUUCACCUUGUUGGAAUUGAUAUUUUCACUGGCAAAAAAUAUGAAGAUAUUUGCCCUUCUACUCACAAUAUGGAUGUUCCAAAUAUUAAGAGAAAUGAUUAUCAACUGAUAUGCAUUCAAGAUGGUUACCUUUCCCUGCUGACAGAAACUGGUGAAGUUCGUGAGGAUCUUAAACUGCCAGAAGGUGAACUGGGCAAAGAAAUAGAAGGAAAAUACAAUGCAGGUGAAGAUGUACAGGUAUCUGUCAUGUGUGCAAUGAGUGAAGAAUAUGCUGUAGCCAUAAAACCCUGCAAAUAAAUGGGAAUAUCAGGCAUGAACAAACUAUUUAGGUCUGGAUCAACUGCAGAUCUAAAGUUUGAUUCUAAGUUGUCACCAAAGCUAUGGCCUUCAUAAGCAACCUCAUUUCUUUUUGUAAUUGUUUUGAAGUUGUGCUGGAUUAGUUUUGCAGGCAAUUGAUAAUUUUAAAAAAUUGUCAAGAUGUGUAAUUCUUUUAUUUUUUAGUUUUGUAGGUGUUUUUCCUGUAACGUUCCUGUGGUUUUCAGUCUGUGAGUCUAAGAAACAGAUAAGAUAGCUUCAGCAGAUGUGAUUUGUCUGAGCAAAUCAUUCCUGCAUUUUAGUUAAAUUACAAAUAAACCAGGGUUUUAAAUCAAACAAUGUAGCAUAUAACGGUAUUGAAGUUGAAUUGCUCUACAUUAAUUUCAGAUUUAAUAUCACAAAAUAUAUAGAUUAUGGAUUGGAAUUGUCACAGCUCAGCUUGUGUGUGGCAAACACAAAUCCUUAAACAAAAAUCAUGCUAUCAAAAAGUGUAGUUAUCUUGUUGGCCAUGUGCAACCACAUAUAUUAUCUUGGUCAUACUAUUCUUUGCCAAAUUGUUGGCAGACUUAAUAUAACCUCCUGUGGUUUUAGUAUCUUUUUGUGGUUAACAAAGGGAUAUUGAACUGUUGGGUGAAAGUGAGCAAGUCAGAUUUUAAAGAAUAUACAAAAGGCAAUAGCAAAGAGGGUUGGUUAAAGCCAUAAGUUUUUAUUUGAGGCCUUUGUAGUCAGCAUAAAAAUGAAAAGUGGCUUUUUAGUUGUGUUUUGGCUUUGAAGUUUUGCCUCCCACCUCCACCCACUGACAUUUAAAGGAAUGACUUGCUUUACUGGAUACUACACAGUACUUUUUUCCCAGCCAUGUUGGUAUUUAUCAGUA